AUGAAUAUUCGCAACAUUAUUGUCGUCGGCGGCUCUUUUGUCGGACGAACUACCGCCCAAGAGCUGGCCCGUGUCGUGCCGCCAACGCAUAGAGUCCUUCUCACAGAGCCCCACAGCCACUUCCACCACCUGUUUACGUUCCCUCGCUUUGCGAUUGUUCCAGGCCAGGAGCACAAAGCGUUCAUUCCAUACAGCGGUAUCUUCAACUCAUCACCAAACCCUUCAGCGCAUGGCGUUGUUCAAGCACGCGUAUUGUCUGUGAAACCAAACUUCAUAGAGCUAGAUCGUGAGUGGAACGGCUCGAAGCAGAUUCCAUUCGACUAUGUUGUUCUCGCUACUGGUACCCGUCUCUCAAAGCCCGCAGCGAUGGAAAAUGACGACAAGCCAUCAUCCGUUGACUACCUGCAAAAACAUCAAAUUGGCGUCAAGCAAUCGAAAUCAAUUUUGAUUGUUGGAGGUGGAGCUGUGGGUGUCCAAAUGGCCGCCGAUCUCAAAGAGCAUUAUCCGGAGAAGGAGGUGACGGUUGUUCAAUCCCGCGAUCGUGUGAUGCCCAACUUCCACUCUGACCUCAACGAUCUGAUCAAGCGUCGAUUUGAUGAGUUGGAUAUCCGGCUCGUCACCGGUUCUCGCGUAACCAUCCCACCAGGUGGAUUCCCCAAUGAUGGGAGUACCUUCCAGGUUCAGCUCACCAACGGGACCACCGAGUCCACUCAAUUUGUCAUCCUGGCAACUGGCCAAACUCCGAAUAAUCAACUGGUUUCCGAUUUGAAGCCAUCUAGUCUUGAUGGGAAGAGCAUCGUCAACCCAGAGAAUGGGUUCAUCCGGGUGCGACCCACCAUGCAGCUUUUGGAUGAGCAGUAUUCCAACCUGUUCGCUGUGGGUGAUAUUGCCGACACCGGGGCACAGAAAGCUGCCAGGCCGGGCUCGGCUCAGGCUGCGGUAGUUGCGAAGAAUAUUGUGUCCUUGAUUGAAGGCCGGUCAGCAGAUGAUACGUUUGUCAAGGGACCUGGGGCUAUUCAUUUGACACUUGGCAUGAAGCAAAACGUAAUUUUCCGCAAUCCCAACACCGCGGAGGGCCAGACUGAGCCGUGGAUCAAUCUGAAGGAAGAUGGGCGAGAGGAUAUGAAUGUCGAAGCCAUGUGGGAAAGAUUGGGCAUCACGGUUGAAAGCCCUCGUCAAUACCAUCUGUGA